UUUUUGAUGGCAAGUUAGAAGGCAAAUUCUGAAUUUAAACCAUGUGGAUGUGCUCUGACAUGCCAGAACCCUCUGAUGUAAUGAUAGCCUCUCCAGUUUACCAGCAGCAGCCAUGUGAAGUUUCACAAUUCCUGAAAAUCAAGCCACUAGUUUUUGGGGUUUUGGAAAUAUUGACAGCAUCAGUGGCACUCGGUUUUACAAGCUGGCAAACAUUUUGGUUCCUUUCCUGUUUACCAGUCUUUUUUAUGUUAACUGGAGUUGUAACAGUCUCAGCUGCAUGCAUACGUAAACCACGUCUGGUUAAAAUCGCACAAAUUCUCAACUAUAUAAACAUUGUAACAGCUGCUACCUCCCUCCGCAUUAACUUUAGAUUACAUUGGGGUAUGAGAUUUGUUGUCCUUGUGGUCUGCGAUGUUCUGGUCAUACUCUUCUCUAUUAUCAUUGCCUCAUCAUCUUGUUCCUGCUGCUGCAGGCCAAAGUCAAGAAGUACCACGGUCAGUUACAUGAACACAAAUUUGCCUGUUAACAAUAUUGUGUUUGUGGGCCAACCGGACCCCUCUGCAUUUUCACAACCUGGUAGUUCAGUUCUGUACGUGAUGCCAGCAAACUACGGACCCGUUCCGACUGAACCUCCAGGAAACUUCAGUCAACAUCCAACGUCACCUCCACCAGCCUACGAGGACUGUGUGCUCUACGCCCCAGAGACGAGGACGGAGAUGAACUAGAGUUCAGCCUCAAAUCCAUCAACGUGAUAUAAGAAGAAAGAUAGAUUUACAAGUGAACACUGAAAUGAGAUGGCAAAGAGCCUAUGGGUGGUGAAUUUUUAUGUGUAAAUAUUUUAUAGGUCAAAGGCAAAUGGAACACAAGCCAGAGCUACUUUUUGUAUUAUUUUCUUUGUUAUACAUUUAUAAUUUUUUAUUUUUUUUUUUACAACAUUUAUUAAUACUAAUGAAUAGUAUUAAUUACUAUUGGGGGUUCAAAAACAGUUUAAACAACAGUACAACUUAUUGAAAGUCUGUAAGUCUAUCUGUUACAGCCUCUUUUGUAAAGUAUAAGGGUGCCCAGUCACUAUAUUGGAUGUAUUUGUUGUUGUCUCAUUUCAUUUGUCCAUGGCUGGGUUUCCCGAGGCACUAUAAAUCAUUACACAUCAUUAAAUCACCAUAGCCAGAAACAAGACUUUGGGUGUGCCAAGGGAAAACUGUGUUCAAGCACUAAAGCACCAAAAAAAAGUGAUAUUUUUUUGUAACUUAACAAUUGCCUUUCACAAAUGUAACACUUUUUUAGCGCUAAAUUUGUUUUCUGUUUAGCCCUGUGUUACAUUAUAAUGAAAAUAUUAGCCUAAACAAAUUAAUGGCACUUUUUUCAAUGGAGUUGGUAGGCCUGUUAAUAUAUACAAAUAUUAGGCUUAAUAUUUAGUAAUACUAUUUUAUUCAAUUAUUUUAGAACAUUACCCAUUUAUUUUCCAAAAUCCAGAAGACAAAUACACUGCAUACUGACAAGACGUACUACACCAGGUUUUACAUUCAAUGAUUCAAAA